GCCCCCUGGAGAUCCUCUUCCUGUGCUGCUACAGCAGAAUGAAGUUUCAGGUUUAGGGGGUUCCAGUAAUUGUAAUGUAGUGACAGAUGUAUUUUAGGGGACCCGCGGUGGGUCUCUCCUUCACCUGCUUCUUUUUGGCUUUCUAUUUCACUAACAAGUAUGUCCUGUCUGUUCUGAAAUUCACCUACCCCACCCUUUUUCAAGGGUGGCAGACUUUAGUUGGUGGACUUCUCCUUCACGUGUGCUGGAAGCUCGGCUGGGUACAGAUAAACUGCAGUUCCAGGUCAGAAGUUAUAUCAUGGCUCCCAGCUUCUGCACUUUUUGUGGGAAACAUUUAUGCAGGUUCCAGAGCUUUGUCAAGACUGCCUGUGCCUGUGUUUUUCACCUUACAAAAUGUAUCAGAAGUGGUGAGCUAUGUAAUCCUGAGGGUCUUCUUCAAGGAGCAAUACUCUUACACAAGGAUUUUAAGUAUAGUAUUGUUGCUGCUUUCUGCUGGAUGCCUUCCGUUACAUGAUUCUCAGUUUGAUCCUGAUGGUUAUUUUUGGGCCAUAAUUCACCUGACUUGUGUAGGGUGUUACAGGGCAUUCCAGAAAACUCUGAAGUCAAGCAUGCUAAGUGACCUUGAUCAGCAAUACAUAAACUAUGCUUUCAGUGUUGUCCUGUUGGCUUUCGCCUCUCAUCCAACAGGUGACUUGCUGAGUGCUUUGGAGUUUCCAUUUCUCUAUUUCUACAGGUUUCACAGUGGCUGCUGUGCUAGUGGGAUUUUGGGAUUCCUAUUAAUGUUAAUGUCUGUAAAGUUAAGGAGCAGUCUCUCUUCUGGACAUCAUACCUCUUGGAGCUUCCUUGCUAAGGUAACGACAUGUGGAUUGUCAUUGUUCUUCUUUGAAAUCUCCUUGACAGUACCACUAAUGCUAUGUUUCUUGACAUGUGGUGUUGGAGAAGCUCUGCUCGUCUAUUCUGAGAGAACUGGGAUUUAAAGGGAAUGUGUGGGCAUCAUGCCAAUAUCAGAGCGUCUUCGUGUCUCUGUACAUCUUUUAAGAUUCGCAUGUAAGCCACACCAGACUUUUUCUACCAUCGGAGAACAACAGGUGAUUAAGGAAAGCAACAGUAAUGGAGUUGCCAGAAUAACAACUGAAGCAAAGUUCAACAUUCCACAGGUUAUUAGCUGUGGCUAUUGGCCCUCCUCCUGAUGUGGUCUUAUUCCAAGGAACAAAAAUCUGUAUUCUUACACGUUGUGAACUUGCUGUGGCAUGCAGUUCUCCAAUGCAUUCCUUGCCUGUAUUCAUGGACCUGUGUAUCGUUUGAACCACUGUUGUGUUUAGGAAUUAAAGAUGGACAUACUUUCCCCUGGUCAGAAGAACCAGGAGAUCAGGACAGUUGAAUGCCUGUGCGGUUGUUAUGAUUGUAGCAGGAGUUCAGAAGCUGCUUCACAUAUUCAUUUUAAUUAGAGCAUGGGAGUCCCUCUUAAUAAUAUAUUUAUAAAGCUAAGUCAUGGAAGGCUAAAGAGCCUAAAACCUCAAGUAAGCAAUCGAGAAAUGGGAACUUUUCAUAGAACUGUUCAAAGAAUGUCCAUAUUCUUUGGAUCCUUUGUCUAUUUUAUUAUAUGUUUGUGUUUAUCACAAUCAAGUUACUUGCGAUUUACACUUGUCUAAAAUCACAAUCAUGCACACCUUGAUUUAAAUGUAAAUUUAAAAAAAAAAUAUGGAGCAGGGCUGGUAUGAUUGGAGUCAAGAUUGCAUGGUUACUGUAUGCAGUCAUUAUUAGAUUAAUCAAACAAUAAUUGGUAUAAACAAAAUACUAACCAGAAUUGGCAGUUUAUAGUGACUCUGCCUCCUUAUGUGCAUAGCAAGUCAGUUGUCUGGAUCACGAGUCAUAGUUUAUACAUACAAAUUAAAAAAACAAACAAUUUUUUAUUUUUCAGUGCCAAAUGCCAUGUUGCUGCACUAGAUAAUUUCCGUCCAUAAACUUGAUGAUAUAAUAAACUGUAUUUAUGACCAGUCGUAAGUAAACUCCCUUAAUCACCAUUCUGCAUAAAUCAUGGGCCGAAUGGUUCUUAU